CAGGAAGGAUGGAUCGAAAAAAUCUUCAGCAGAUGUUUGCCCUGACUUAUCUCCUGUUCUUUCAGGUUGUGAUCGGCGCAGAUAAUGGACAUAAAAUUGAAUUACUGAAGAAAUUCUGUUCAACUCAAGGCCCAGCGGGUCGAGAUGGAUUACCGGGACGAGAUGGAGCACCGGGACGGGAUGGACUACCGGGACGGGAUGGGGCACCUGGACCUAAAGGGGAAGUGGGACCGCCAGGGCCAUCAGGAGUCAAAGGAGACGCUGGGACUCAAAGGAGAUGGAAACAGUGUUUUUGGAACCACAUCAACUCUGACACUGAUAAUGGACGAGUUCUGGAAUGUCCGUUUACCAAGGCUUCCCCAAACACAUACCUCCGUGUAGUCUACAUGGGAAACAUUCGCGUCACCGGUUGCACAAACUGUUGCAUGAGAUGGUUUUUUACCUUCAACGACAGCGAGUGCAGAGCACCCGCUGCCAUUGACGCCGUUCUUUACCAGAAUAUCAACGUUAACUUCCAUCGCUCGGCCAACAUAGAAGGCUAUUGCGCUGGAGUUGGCAAAGGCUUGGUUCGUGUUGGCUUGCACGUCGGUCAGUGCCGUGGCUUUGGCAUUUUCAACGCCUACACUGGCUGGAAUUCAGUCAGUAGAAUCAUCAUUGAGGAAUUUGAGCCCCCAGUUGCUUAAAUAAGCAAUACCCUUUUCACCCAAGUGCAUAGGUCUUGGUUCACCAUAAAGGCAGUUGAUGUUGUAUUGUAAUCGGGAGUAGCUAGAGUUAGGCUCAUUGAAUUAGCGCUGUCUCCAUCAUACAACUAGAGGUCAUAACAA